UUUUUAUAUUUUGUCAGGUCUGAUUUUUAGUUGUAAUUUUGGCGAAUGUUCUUUAAUUUAUUAUUGCCUUUUUCUAUAAAACCUGUUUUUUGCACACAAAAAAGCGAGUAAUAAAGGUUUAACUUCAACCUUAACCUCUAACUUUUAGCUUCUUAAGGAGUGUCUGAUACAACUUGAAGGAAAGAAUAAUAAUUAAAGAAAGCAGAACCAAAUGGCUUACUGGUUAUACACUGCAGCGGUUAGACCCUUGGUCACUUAAGGAGCAUGGUGGUCAAAAACACUAAAUAAGGAGACAUAGACUUAAACAGCAAAAAAAGUCCUUUACUGGUGCGUGUAGGCUGAGAUUUGUACUCCAGGUAGAGGACAAGUCCAGGCUUGAAGGAUACACACGGGAAUCUUUAACAAGAUAACAACGAAGAGUUAUAGAUGAUAAUGGAGAUAGCACAAUAGGGCAAUAUUGGUCGCAUUUUAUAAAAGGAGUAAAAAAACCUUUAACUUCAACCUUAACCUCUAACUCUUAGCUUCUUAACGAGUUUCUGAUACAACUUGAAGGAAAGAAAAAUAAUUAAAGAAAGCAGAACGAAAUGGCGUAUUGGUUAUACACUGCAGCGGUUAGACCCUUGGUCACUUAAGGAGCAUGGUGGCCAAAAACACUAAAUAAGGAGACAUAGACUAAAACAGCAAAAAAAGUCCUUUAUUGGUGCAUGUAGGCUGAGAUUUGUACUCCAGGUAGAGAACAAGUCCAGGCUUGAAGGAUACACAUGGGAAUCUUUAACAAGAUAACAACGAAGAGUUAUAGAUGAUAAUGGAGAUAGCACAAUAGGCCAAUAUUGGUCGGAGUUUAUAAAAGGAGUAACGAGUUUAACCUCAACCUUAACCUCUAACUCUUAGCUUUUUAUGGGGUUUCUAUUACAACUUGAAGGAAAAAAUAAUAAUUAAAGAAAGCUGAACGAUGCAAUUGCUACUGGCAUGUUAUUAACGACUAUGUAAAUAUUAUAAUUAUCUAAACAAACAAAUUUUCGAGGGUUUAAAACUGUUUUUAGGGUAGCUUGAGAGUGUUGUAUGACCUUGGACUCAUGUCCACUCUACAAGAAUCGUUGCGAACUUGACCUUUCGUACGUCUUCCUCUAAACAAUGAACAUUUCCAAAGAGGAGGGUCUUUAAUUAGCAUCGUUCUCAAGGAUACAAAGUCAAGACCCUCUGUUUUCACAAUUUCACCAAUUCGACCGUGAAUUGGCAUUGGAGUUGCGCCGUUUCACCCACAACCGGUGGAGGUGGUCGGCAGACGUGACUCACAUUUAUUCCUAGUCUCGACGGUCGUCAUAGCAACAUCCAGUUUACAUAGCUAUUCACGUUUUUCACCAGCUUGGGUUUAGUUAGAGGGCGGAGAAGGAUGACAAUCUGAGCAGGGAUGUCGACGUCGGUUGAACCGACGGCCAAGAAGAUCUCGAUUUUCGGACAGCCUUUCAACAUAUUCGAAAGCCCCUAUGAGACCGAGUUCGACAAAGAAGUCGUCAACUACUGCAACACUCUGCACCUGGAGGAGCUCAAAUGCGGCAAAGUGGUCUUCAUCGGCGAUGUGGGCGUGGGCAAGACGUCCAUCAUCCAAAGGUUCAUUCAGAGCAUUUACCUCACAGAGUACAAACCGACUAUAGGUGUUGACUUUGAAGUCGCAAAAUUUGAAAUCCUUGGAAUUCCUUUUAACCUACAAAUUUGGGACACAGCGGGACAAGAAAAGUUCAAAUGCCUCGCACCCUCCUACUAUCGUUCGGCUCAUGUGAUCGUUAUUGUAUUUGAUGUUACAAAAAUGACAACCUUAGCCAACUGUGUCAAUUGGUAUAAGUCUGCGAUGAAGGAAUAUAACAACGAUCGCCUUCCAUAUAUAAUAGUCCUAGGAAAUAAAAUAGACGCUAUUGGUCCGUUGGCAUUUGACAAAUUAGAAACAUACGCUACGCAGAUGUCUACCCACCUUGUCAGCGAAUUCUGGCCUGUUUCAUCCAAAACGGGUGCCAAUAUUACAAGGCUGUUUCAAAGGAUUGCGAGCUUGUCUUUCCAAGCGUACAUACUGAACGAGAUACAAAAUGUUAAAAAGAUGCCCAUAGCGACUAUAACUCUGCAGAAGAAAAAGAAUCAAAAAAAGAAGAAGCACCAGUCCUGCAAAUCAAACAGCUGUAACUAGUGUACUUGCCAAACAGUAUUACACAUUUUAAUUAAGCCUUACAUUUUCAACUCUAGUCAGUUUUUAUGUUUAUGAUUUUUAUUGUUUUUUAUUGAUUUCUUUUUAAUCAAUGCCAAUAAGUUCAAUUUAAUUAGUAUUUUUUAUAGAUACAUUUAAAUUAACUUUUUUUACAACCAAAUACGAACAAGUGUAGUCUAUUUUUACAUCUAUUAAAAAAUAAAUAAAACAAUUAAAUUAAUUAAAAUGUAUAAAUAUACUCAAUACUAUGAUGUUCUAUAUAGAUUUUUUUAAAUUAUAAAUAAAAAGUUAAUAUUUUUUUAUGUUACUAAUGAAAUAUUAAUUUUUGAAAGGAUAAGUAAUUAAUUAGUUGCCUUAAAACGUCACUUUUAAGACUGAAUAUUGUAAAUAUAAUAUGUAAUAACAUACGAGAUACA